GGAGCGCCUCGCCGCCGACGCGGACCACGCCCGCGCGCUCCUGGAGAGCUCCGUGGAGCCGGCGCGGCGGGCUCUGCGCCAGAUCGAGGACAUUGACGAUGAGGGCAUGGGCCACGCUCACAUCCGAGCGACGGAAGGAAACGGGUGGGGCCGCCGCGCGGCGUGCCCGACGAGCCCGUGCCUGCCGUGCGCACGUCAUCCGGGUGCUUGUGCGACCCCGUGUCCAGGUGCGCCUCCGCGGGGCAGCCGUUCUCGUGGUGCCACGUUCACAUGCCGGCGGACGGCAAGGAGAGGGGAGUGCCCGCUGCACGACCACAUCAAGGCCGCGGAGGCCGCGGAGGAGGCGGAGGGUGGCGGGGGCGUCGAGGCCCUGGUGGGCGGCGACGGCCUGGACCCCACGGGGCGGCCCCACGAGCUGGCCCACGACCAUCACCAGGCCGCGGAAGGCGCGCAGGGAGGGGAGCACAAGGGCGACGGACCCAUGCACCUUUGGGACUACUGCGUGCCGCCCGAGGCACAGCUCACGGAGUCGAUGGCGCACCCUGGGGCCUCCAAGACGGUGCACCCCAAUUGCCGCUGCGCUCCGCGCCCGGACGUCUUGGCUCGGUACGAGCACGACCCGACCUUCUUCGGCCCGUCUGGCGAUGGCGACCUGGACCCCAAUCGGGUCCCGUUCCGCGACAGGAUCACCGUGGAGGCGAUGCUCGAGCACGAGAGGUCUCCCGGGGACGACCUCUGCCAGCCGACCCCGUCCAGCAGCGGCUGGGGCGUGUGCCCCGUGGCCAAGGACGUCGGCGCCCCCGCGAGGCCGGCGCGGGCGCCCUCAGCCCGGGGCCCUGGUUCUCCGACGUCGCGGGCCGCAGCUGGGACUUCUGCGUCCCCAGGAGGGGCGCCGCCCGCCAGCGCGCACCCGGCCGGCGCGCCGCCAGACGGCGCCGUGCAGCAGGCCGCCGCGCCCUCGCCUGCCGGGCUGGCCGCAGCGCUGGCGCCGGCCGCGCGCGCGCCGCAGCGGGCGAGGAGGCCGAGGAG